UACAUUGAACGGGGUGAACAGGUUUGAAGCGGGUGAAGGUAGCGGCCGCGUGAGGCUGUCGCCGACACGAUUGCUACACCAGUGCAUUGCCGGCUUGAGGCUUGAGGCCAAAAGCUUGCAUAUACACAUGACGCAUACGCGAGACUUCCAACGCCUGCCUUCAAUAAGGGUGCCGCACAAUCCUGGCAGAUACAGCGGUUCGAAAACGAAAGAGUCUCUCGUGGUGCCUUUGCGCCUGCCUGCUGCGGACCUGUCGUCCACGGCUGAGAAUUGCGGCGAUACUUGCCGACACACCAUAAUGAGCGCCGGACUUCGCCGCUUGCUGCGGCCACUCGAGUUGGCAGCUCACGGUGCACAGUUGCUCAAGCUGCCGUGCCCAGCACCGGCGGUGCUUGUAGACGAGCUGGCCUUGGACGGGGACGACCCUGCACUUUGCGGCGCCUUCGACAGCUCCUCGGACCUUGGGCGCCAUCGCUGUGCCGGCAGCAGCGAUUGCGGCGAAGAGGCGUGCAUCAGCCCAGUGCUGAGCACGGCAAGCAGCUUCUGGGAAGAGGAUGAGGAGGAAGAGGAGGAAGGCGCCGUCGUGUGGCCACUGGAGCAACAGCCCUCAGCAACCGACUGCACGACAGAGCCGGCGGCCUCAAGCGCUGCCGCCCCUCACGAGGCCGCGCCGCAGGCCGCGCCGCAGGCCGCCGACCGCACGCGUGAUGAAGCCGCCGUGGACUCGCUCCUCGCCCGGCUUGCGCCGCUCUCGCUGCACAGCAGCAGCACGCGCUCCGCACCAGCUGCGUCGGCGGGCUCGGCGCGCGUGGAGGCGGACGCCUUCUGGUCCUCCGCUUGCGACGAUGACGUGGGCGGUGUCAGCAGCAGCAGCAGCAGCGACUGUGUCGCCGCUCCUGCCGGCGACCGCCGCGUGUGCCAGCUGCAAAGAGGUUUGGUGCAGCGGGUGGUGCCGCCGCGGGCGUUGUCAGGGUGGCCCUGGGGUGGCGAGCAGGAGCAGGAGGAGGACGGGCAGGGCGCGCAGCAGGCAGGGGAGGAGGAGGCGGCGGCGCCAGAGUGGUUGGCCCGAGACGUGGGGGCGCUGGUGGGGUGCGUGGUGUGCGGCGCCCUGUGGGACGACGACGACUCGGAUGACGACGGCGGCGGCGGCGGCGACUGCGCAUGAGCGCAUGAUGCGUUUCCUGAUCCCCAGGAAGCUUACUUUGGACGGUGUGCGUGCGGGCAAAAGGGGCUUCAAUGCAAACAUGGCGGUGGCGUGGCGCGGCCAUGUAUGCGGCUGCCGCGCUCCCGCGGGCCGCGUGGACUUGGUCCAACGCCAGGUCUCCCAGCUAGUUCAGUCGCCGGUGUGUUGCUGGGCGACGGCGGGCGUGUGUGGCGACGGUGGUCGCCACAAGGGCAAAGCUAUAGCUAUUCUUCAUCUGUGUGCGGGACACGGGGCUGGGUCUGUGAAUGGGGUGCUGGCGGGCGGGUUUAAGUUCAUCAUCUGGGUUCAUCCAUUCAUUUGGCCGCGGCGUGAAGGCCAGGGUUGGGCAUAACACACGGCAUGCCACGGGCUCUGGCCACGCCUUCAAACCACACCCACCUGUGGGCGGGCGGCGUGUGGGCUCCUAUGCAUACGUACGUACAUAAUCACCAGUACAUUGGACACUGACUGCUGCGGCAUUGCCGCACGACUCUUGCGGCAGUGCGCCGUGUUGCGAAGGCGUGGGUAACACACGAACGUGACUGCAUCAGCUUAUGAUGGUGACGUUCAGGACGAUGCUUGAGACAAACUGUUGUUUGGCGGGCGCGGCGUUGCAAUAUUAAGCCAUCUAGUGAGCAAUUGGGGUUCUCAAUUAGCAUUUGUAUUGGGCCACUACCCAGUGGCACCAAAUCCACAUUGGGAGGGGGGGCGACGUUGAUAGACACGAUGGUCGAGCGUAUCUACCUACCCAGGUUUGUGACCGCAGGGGCCUUUGAUUUUAUGGCUUCAAGUUUAUUUGGACGAGCGUUCUUCAGCUCUGCAGCAGAGCAGUGCAUGUACGCGUAAAGCGUGUUGGCAGGGCCUGGGUGUGUAUGCACACGAUAAACAUGUGGGUUGGGCAGGGGUUGUGUAUUGUGCGAUACGGUUCAUCACACUUGCUCCCGAGCUGCUCAGCGAUUCAUCAUUUCUUGGUUUGACGGAGAGGGUUCACGUUGAACCAAUCCCGUAAGGAAACAGUCGCGCUGCAAGGAGAACUUGACGGAGAGGGUGAGCAGCACUCGCCUAGCUGCAUUGUCCGGGACUUGGCGGCGGUGCACGAGUGUAAGAGGGUUCUGGUUGGGCACGUCAUGGCGUGGUGGUCACAGGUGACGCAUGCCGGUGCAGGACAGAUUAUUGCGACAGGCAAGGCAAUGGCUGGUCGAAGAAAGGAUGUAUGGCAGGGAUGUCACCUUGCGAAUCAAGCAGCCAGUGGCGGAGCGGGCGUGUACAGCGCCGAAUUGUGAGGUGUGAUGCCGGCCUUUCUGGAAAGGGUAUUUAGCACUGCUGCGGGUUUGUUACCCUUUGCGUGCUUAGGUCUAGUUAGAUAUACAACAUCGUAAUACGCACGCAUACCGUACCGUAUUCGGCAGCACUCUGCACGCGGACCAGUUCGACAAUCCCGAAGGCGCCCUGCGGGUAUGAAGCGCAUUCCCGCUCCAAGCUGUAAAGUAUUGUUGCC